AUGUGGGCAUUGGAGGGAAAGUGUGGCCUACCAAAAGGGACGGAGCAUAAAGGAGGCACCGUUGAAAGUGGAUUGACCCAGCACUGCUCACAUUUGCUGCUGACAGAAAGGUUUGGUCUUUUAGCUGUAUAUGCUGGAUCUCAGCAUGGUCCCAGGGUUGGGAUGGGUUGUGGCUUUUCUAAGUACACAGCAUGCUGCAUGGAUACAGAGGAAGAUGGUCAUCCGGCUCCUGAGGCUCAGGUUGUUGGUGUAAACGAAGACAACGUUGUUGAGGGCAUUGACUUGCCACGGUUUCAUGAAUUCACCAUUGAUCAGCUUAGGAGGGCUACAUCUGGAUUUGCCGUUGAAAAUAUAGUUUCUGAACAUGGAGAAAAGGCUCCAAAUGUGGUCUAUAAAGGGAGACUUGAUAAUCAGAUGCGAAUUGCUGUCAAACGGUUCAACAGAAAUGCCUGGCCUGAAUCGCAGCCAUUUUUGGUAAGAGUGUAUCCGUUUACGUUGUGGCAACACCGUGUAGAUUUGUUACUUUAA